GCCUCCCAGGGGGCGGGUCCUGGGACUAGAUGGAGCUUAGUCUCAGUGUUCUCCCUCUUGCUCCGCUCUGGGCUGCUUGACCAAUCCUGCUGCCAAACCCUGUGUUCGUCCUCCUUUAACCCCAGAAAGCUAACCGUUCUACUGUUUCUGAUCGGGCUUGAACCUUGAGACUACCUUAAGGAGGGCAACUGGCUGUCUGAGUUUCUGUCCCAGGCCUCGGGUAGAGGCAAGGUAGUUAGGGGAAGUUCUGCUUUUGUAGGUUUUGCAAAGAGAAAACUGGAACUGGGAAAGCGGAGAAAGUUGAGGACUGGGCGGGGCUUCCAUUUUUUUCUUGCCUAUGUCUCCCUAAAGAUCUGGGCUCGUUGCUUGUCCUAGUCUUAAUUUGCCCCAUUUGGGAGCUCACAUAUAUCAACUUCAUGACAAAACCAAGCCUUCUGAAAACUGUUUAGGUUUGAAGGGUGUUUAGGACCUGUUUGUUUCGAAUAUCCUGCAGAACCACAGAGUUAUUUAAAAAAAACGGUGAUCCAUGCAGUUGAAUUGAAGGCAUUCUGGGGACACCUGCUAUUUAUUGUGAAAAUCGUCUUUGAUCUUGGAUUUAAAGGUAAAGCUGGAAAGGAAUUUACAAACAAGAAAAAAAAGAAGUUUGGAAUUGGACUCACAGGAUCUGGGCUUGGAAAUGCCUCAGCCCAGUGUUAGCGGAAUGGAUCCGCCUUUCGGGGAUGCCUUUCGAAGCCACACCUUUUCGGAACAGACUUUGAUGAGCACAGAUCUCUUAGCAAACAGUUCGGAUCCAGAUUUCAUGUAUGAACUGGAUAGAGAGAUGAACUACCAACAGAAUCCUAGAGACAACUUCCUUUCUUUGGAAGACUGCAAAGACAUUGAAAAUCUGGAGUCUUUCACAGAUGUCCUGGAUAAUGAGGGUGCUUUAACCUCAAACUGGGAACAGUGGGAUACAUACUGUGAAGACUUAACUAAGUACACCAAAUUAACCAGCUGUGACAUCUGGGGAACAAAAGAAGUGGAUUACUUGGGUCUUGAUGACUUUUCUAGCCCUUACCAAGAUGAAGAGGUCAUAAGUAAAACUCCAACCCUGGCCCAGCUUAAUAGUGAGGACUCUCAGUCUGUUUCUGAUUCCCUUUAUUAUCCUGAUUCACUUUUCAGUGUCAAACAAAACCCCUUGCCCUCGUCAUUCCCUAGUAAAAAGAUCACAAGCAGAGCAGCUGCCCCUGUGUGUUCUUCAAAGACUCUUCUGACUGAGAUCCCAUUGUCAGAAUGUGUCCAAAAAGCAAGUAAACCCACUUCAAGCACACAGAUCAUGGUGAAGACCAACAUGUAUCUUAAUGAAAAGGUGAACUUUCAUGUUGAAUGCAAAGACUAUGUAAAAAAGGCAAAAGUCAAGAUCAACCCUGUGCAUCAGAGCCGGCCCUUGCUGAGCCAGGCACACCCAGAUGCCGCAAAGGAAAACACCUGCUACUGCGGAGCUGUGGCAAAGCGACAGGAGAAAAGGGGGGUGGAGCCUCAUCAGGGUCAUGCCACUCCUGCUUUGCCUUUCAGAGAAACCCAAGAACUAUUACUUAGUCCUCUGCCCCAGGAUGGCCCUGUGUCAGUUGCCACAGGAGAGACUGGAGGCCUUUCUGCCAGCACUUCAGUUUCAGAUUCAUCCCAGAAAAAAGAAGAGCACAAUUACUCUCUCUUUGUCUCUGACAAUGUGGGAGAACAGCCAACCAAAUGCAGUCCUGAAGAAGAUGAAGAUGAUGAGGAAGAUGUAGACGAUGAGGACCAUGACGAAGGGUUCGGCAGUGAGCAUGAGCUUUCUGAAAAUGAGGAGGAGGAAGAGGAGGAAGAGGAUUAUGAAGAUGACAAGGAUGAUGAUAUUAGCGACACAUUCUCUGAACCAGGCUAUGAAAAUGACUCUGUAGAAGACCUGAAGGAGAUGACUUCAAUAUCUUCUCGGAAGAGAGGUAAAAGGAGGUACUUCUGGGAAUAUAGCGAACAGCUUAUACCAUCACAGCAGGAGAGGAUUCUGAGGCCGUCUGAAUGGAACCGAGACACCUUGCCAAGUAAUAUGUAUCAGAAAAAUGGCUUGCAUCAUGGAAAAUAUGCAGUUAAGAAGUCACGGAGGACUGAUGUAGAAGACCUGACUCCAAAUCCUAAAAAACUACUUCAGAUUGGCAAUGAACUACGGAAGCUGAACAAGGUGAUUAGUGACCUGACUCCAGUCAGUGAACUUCCCCUAACAGCCCGGCCAAGGUCAAGGAAGGAAAAGAAUAAGCUGGCUUCCAGAGCUUGUCGGCUAAAGAAAAAAGCCCAGUAUGAAGCUAAUAAAGUGAAAUUAUGGGGCCUCAACACUGAAUAUGAUAAUUUAUUGUUUGUAAUCAACUCCAUCAAGCAAGAUAUUGUAAACCGAGUUCAGAAUCCGAGAGAGGAAAGAGGACCCAGCAUGGGGCAGAAGCUUGAAAUCCUCAUUAAAGAUACUCUCGGUCUCCCAGUCGCUGGCCAAACUUCAGAAUUUGUUAACCAAGUGUUAGGGAAGACUGCAGAAGGCAACCCCACUGGAGGCCUUGUAGGACUAAGGAUACCAGCAUCCAAAGUGUAAUCAACCUCAUUGGACCACUGGUCAGAAAUGUCUGUUUUUGUCACGUUAUCCAUUGUAAAUUUUCAUUCUGUUUUGCAUGUCAAUUAGCAUUAUGUAAACAUUUAUAAUUAGGUUACAUUGUUUUAAGAACUUGUAGCAUAAGCGAAGCAUGAUCCAAAAUACUUGAUUAUUGCAUUUUCAGAGCAUAAACCAGUUAAUCUGCUACUGGCAUUAGAAUUGAAAUUCACACGUCAAAUAAAUGUUUAGGUACAGAUUGCAAAAAUGUAUUAAGGUGAAACGUUUUGGAGGAGUAACUAUAUUAAGGUAAUGCCAAGUGUUAAGGCAGGUUUAUGCUCUGAACUACACAAAAAAAUAUUGAGGAAGCAUUUUGUUCAAAGUCCAUUUAAAUUGUUUUUAGAAUUACUGCUUUUAUUUUAAUUUUUCACAACCAUUAAUCUCACUUGUACAUGGCACACCCAGUACUCAUGUGUGUACCAUGUUUAGAUGUUCAUUUUCAGAGCUCAAUAUGAUAUAUAUAAGUAUAUAUAUAUAUAAUUGUCUGUGCAAGUAAGAAAAAAAGCAUAUUCUUUGUGCCUUGUAUUUUGGGGAAACUAUAAAACUGGUAAUAUUUUGUAUGAUGAAAACCCUAAUGAGGAAAAACAAGAUACAUAGAUGAGAAAAUUAUGGGUUUAAAUGUUUUUUUUGUUCCAACUCUUUUUCAGAUUUUUUGAAUGUAUAUAAGACUAUGUUGAAAUGUAGAUAUAUGCCACAGAGUCUGUGUAUUGUAUAAAAAACAAAACAAAACAAACAAAAAAAAAACAAAACAAGAUGGCUCUAGAAAACUCAUAUUUCGGUACUUGACCGGAAGAAGACAAUACUUGCACAUUAUUGCGAUUGUUUUAUUUUUUGUACCAAAGACAAAUGCAACUGAUAUGGCAAACUGCCAGUCUAAGUAAAGUUUUGCACAGCUUACAUGAUACUGUAUGAAUGUAUGAAAAAAAAAAAAGAAAAAAUUAAAAGGUCAGGGUUAGGGAUCUUACUGAACUGUGAAUUUUAUUUCUGUUUGGGUCCAAUUAUCUACAGAAGGAGCAUCCAUACAUAUAAAUAUUAUUUUGCUGUUCCUCUAGUUUGCUUCCAUAGUAGAUAAGUUGGUGGCCAUUUAGGUGUCUGACUUUUAUUUCUGCACUUACUGUAGGAAAAUUUAAUAUAUUUCAUUUUAGUAAGCUAUUGAUAAAAUAGUUUUUGACUUGGAAAUUUAAAGUUUAUUUAGCUUAUUGUAUACUUCCACCAAACAACCAAAAUACAGAUUAUUUUUAUUGUAUUAUGUAUAUAUAUAUAUGUAAAGAAAGAAAAAAGCUAAAAAUAUCUAAUACUUUAGUUGCCACUUUUCCAAUUGAUGUAUUAUUGUGCAUGUACUAUUUUCAAAGAUCAACACAAGCUUAAAACAAAUUUAUAAAUUUUUAUAUUUUUGUACAGGUAUUUUCAAACUAGCUUCUUCAAACUUACAUGUGACGUAUUCUUCUAUAGUUUCUAGAACUGAGAAACAUGGACACGUUUAGUUUUUAGGUGCUCUUCUUUGCUCACAUAACAGUUUUGUUAGUCAGUGUUUUAACUGUGCUCAAGCUUUACCUCUUGAUAAAUUUAUGUCAAGGCAGCAUUGUAAACCCUCCCCACAAAUCUUUCAUCUUGUCUUUCUUGACUGUUUUAUCUAAGAUCUUCUGUUUGGAACUAUGAAAACUGGUGGCUUAAAAAAAUAAACUUAAAAGAUGAACAUAUCUAGAAGAAAACCCCCAAAUUUCAGCCCUAGUUGCUAUUUCUCCAUUGCCCACUGGUAGAACUUGUUCUUUGGCUGUACUUUGUACAGUACGUUUGUCUUUUACUUUCUCUUCUUCCUCCCCAUUAAGCUAUAGCACAUGAAGGUCUGAUUUUAGAACACACAGUAACAGCCCAACAAUGUGUCUUGCUUCUUUGACAUCAUGAAACAUAAGAAACUGAGAAGGAUUGUCUUGACUUGUUAGCUGGACUGACAGCACAGGGUUUUCCCAUGCGUUUGGUAGAAAUGCACCAGGUUAGUGUAUUUGCCUUAACAGAUGAUAGACUCAGAUAUAGUGGUUAGUAGGAUUCAAGUUCAUCCUUUCCAGUUUUUCUUUUCUAGGUGGGAAAAAGCAAAGCAUGGGUUUGCAGUUGGCGGAGUGUUUGCUAGAUAAAUUGAAAGUGUUCCAAAAUAUGGCAGUUUUGCAGUCAGGUGAAAAUCGCUUCAUGAUACAGAUGCAUUUAGCUGGUGAAGUUUAUAAAAUUGCCCCCUUUCUAGCUGCUUGGUUAGGAAUUCUGGUUUUUGAUACCUUUUUCUUGUCUGCAAACCAGAAUUUGAUUUUUUGGUCUUGCAUUUCAAAAAAGACUUCGAAUCUGUUUAGUAGAUUCCAUAUCCUUGCAUUUCAGUGUUUUAUAUGUACUACUUAAGUUAAAUAGUUGAAAGCUUUUAAAUAGUUGAGCUUUUUAAUGUUGACACUUUAUUUUGUACCUAUUUAUAUAUGUAUGUAUAUCUUAGAAAAGCACUUUGUUAAAAAAAAUUGCAUUUUAUAUGAUUCCUGCCAUUUGCUGCUAAACCUGGGCUGGUCAGAAUGCUGCAGCGAUACUUGAUCUAAAUAAAAACCUGGCAGUAAAAUGUAGAGUGAAAGUUAAAUCCUCUUGCUGUUUAACUUUUUCAUAAAGAUGACCUAGGCAAGCUGUGCAGCUUUACAUUUUAACCAGGGGACUCUGUGGCAUUUAAAACCGUCUAGAAAUGGUUGUACUUUAAUGCCAGUAAUAAUCUGCUUCCUCUAUUGUCAUUAAAAUAUAUACAUUUAGUGUAUCACACAAUUCUUAAAAGGUAAUGUAAAACCCCAACAGUUGUACAUGUUCUGUUUUUGAAAAUUGUGGCAUGUAUUUUUGGGUGAAGAUCAUUAGAGAAGAGUUCUCUAAAGGUUUUCUGUGUCCGUACAUGGUAUACAGAUAGCUCAUAAUGAAGUCCAGAAUCUUACCUUAAGUGAAGGCAUUGUGAAUUCACCUCAAGCAAACCCAUGGUUCCAAAUGCAAUGAUAAACUGACUCUAGUACUACGAAUAAAAAGUAACAACAAAAACUUCUCUUCCUUGUUUGAAGUACACUGGAUUCUUUACAGUUUGUCUCCCUAUGAAAGCAUGCUGUCCAACCGCUCUUGUGAUGAUCUUGUCUGAGUUUUGAACUGGGUACCACACUUCAGUCAGUAUGGUUGCUGGUUCUCCUGUACCAUGUAUGGAUCUUGUCCUUUCCUGUAUCCUUCAUGAGAAGUUAUGAUGUGGCUUUAUAUUGUGCCUUACUUGUACAUUGACAACUAAACAUCUUCCCCUUCCACUUCCUACAUCUUUAACUUGGACUUUUUUGGUAAGCGAAUCAGAACUAUUACAAAAGCACCCUGAAGGAUUUUAGAUGGGUUUGGAUUCCUAUUUCCCUCUCUUUGUAGUUAUUUAUAUUUGUAUGAGAGACCAGUUUUGAAUGGUCUUUGAGUAUGAGGCGGGAAGAUUAGCAGUAAUCUCACUACGUCCCUUUUCUCUGACUUUGAUAAAGUUGUCCUACAUCCUUCUGAUGCUUGACUUCAUUGGCCUCUCUGCAACAGUCUGCAUUUAGAGAAAGGUGUUUAUUUCAUCUGCCUGAAAUUGACUUUUUGUUUUCCAAAACUUUGUAGGAAAAUACCCAUUUUGUUUGUUUUUUACAACAGACAACUCUCUAAAAGAAAUAGAAGUUCGGUAGUUUUGAAUUACAAUGCUGUUAGUAUGGGUUUCUUUUUUAUAUAUAAUAUUCAUACAAUUAUCUGAUGUUUUCCUUCACUAAUAAAGCUGUUAGUUUAUUCACCAAAA